AUGGAGGAUUAUAUUUCGGUGGUUACUCGGUACGUUGAUGGAGCAAGCUACUUAGGAACUAGCCCAUUCGGUAGUUCCUCAGAUGAAAAUGAACGAAUGGACAUCUUUCAUGAUGCCGCUGCAGAUAAAGAUGAGCAAGUUGUUGCUCAUCUGAUUGAACUAGGAAGGAACUUACUCGAAAGGAUUAACAGGACAGAGAAGGAGUUGGAAGAAAAAGAACAAGAUAAAUCUGAUAGUGAAUCAAAGAAGGAUGAACCUGAGCAGUCCAUGCAAGUUCAUACCAGCAUCAACCCAAUUCAGAUCAUUGCAGUAGAUUCACAAGAGAAUUCAUCUAAUGAAGGAUCUUCGGUUGAUGGUACAAAGCUCAUUAAGUUUAUGUCAUCUCUGCCAACUAAAAGAGGCGGAGACCGAAGCGGUGGUGAUCGCGGAGGACGAAGUAGUGGAGAUAAUCGUGGAGGCCGAAGUACUGGUAGCGAUCGCGGUGGGAGAAAUGGUGGAAGUGGCCGUGGUGGACGCGGUCUUCCUCCGUUCCAAAACCUGUUAACUGGUGAAGGGAUAAGCGGUGAAGGAUUCACCUAUCCAAUUGAUCCUCGAGUGAAAAGGGAAGGCCAAUAA